UGGAACAACGCAAAAAAAGCCGUUUCAUAAUUUCUUAUUUAUUUCCGUGUCCCUUCUUCGUUUCUUCGAUCUCAUCUGGAACAGCUCCAUCUUCCUGUCUCUUUUUGGUGGGGUUUAUAGUUGCAGUUCUUGUUCUGUCUGCAUCAAUUUUUAUUUAUGUGUGUUUGAAUCGAUUUGAGUCAAAAUCAUUUGAGGGAAGAAUGAGAAGAAAGUGUUGAUUUUUCUCUAGAUGGAGCAGCUUGUUAACUUCAUUAUUCGACCUCCAAGAGCUGAAUACAAUCCGGAACAUGAUCUAUUGGAACAGGAGUUCUUGCUGAAAGGGAGAUGGUACCAGAGGAAGGAUUUAGAGGUAAAAAACAGCAGGGGAGAUACCCUUAAGUGUAGUCACUACAUGCCAGCUGAGCGUUCUGAAAACAGGCCUCUACCUUGUGUAGUAUACUGCCAUGGAAACAGUGGAUGUAGAGCUGAUGCUAGCGAAGCUGCAAUCGUAUUACUUCCUUCAAACAUCACAAUUUUCACGCUUGAUUUUUCGGGAUCUGGUCUCUCUGGUGGAGAGUAUGUCACAUUGGGUUCGAACGAAAAAGAUGAUCUGAAAGCAGUGGUUGAGUAUUUACGCACAGAUGGAAAUGUCUCCCUCAUUGGCUUAUGGGGUCGUUCUAUGGGUGCUGUCACAAGCUUGAUGUAUGGAGCCGAGGAUCCCUCUAUCGCAGCGAUGGUUCUAGACAGCCCGUUCUCUGAUUUGGUUGAUUUGAUGAUGGAACUAGUAGAUACAUAUAAGUUCCCUUUACCCAAAUUUACUAUAAAAUUUGCAAUACAAUAUAUGCGGAGAGCUGUUCAGAAGAAAGCCAAGUUUGACAUAACGGAUCUCAACACCAUCAAGGUAGCCAAGUCAUGUUUUGUUCCAGUUUUAUUGGGACAUGCCAUAGACGAUGACUUUAUUCACCCUCAUCACUCGGAGCGUAUAUAUGAAGCAUACGUAGGAGACAAGAAUAUCAUCAAAUUCGAGGGAGACCACAAUUCACCGCGGCCACAGUUCUACUUCGAUUCUAUAAACAUCUUUUUCCAUAACGUUCUUCAGCCUCCUAACGUGGUGACCGGCCCAACAACACUUUUUGACCCAUUGGAUGAUUAUUUCGCCAAGGGCAGUUGGAACACCAUGAAAGAACUAAAUUCUCCACCAUCCUCAGCUCAGAAAAGUACAGCUGCCUCCGAUGCAAUCAAUGAAGUCCGCAUGAAAAGACCUAUGAGUCGCACAGAGGUUCCUUCCAACGUCUCAUCUAAUCAAUCAUCCUCAGAAACGAAGGAAAAAGAGGGGUCCAGUAGUUCAUCUUGUGAUAUGAUCAGCUUCGAUUUGUCAAAUGGGGAUCCAUAUCCUCCUCAUGGUCUCGCUGUAGCUUUAGAUGAUGAUCAAUAUGUGGAGUUUCAAGUAGAGGACUUGGCUGACUUUCCAUCUAAUGCCGAGGAAGAAGAGAGGAUGCUGAUGGAAGCGGUGAUGAAAUCGCUGGAGGCAGAAGAAGAAACUCAUCAGAACAAAGAACCUUCCAGAGAAAAAGAAAGUAAUGCUGCUGCUGCUGCUGCUUCUACUACAGAACCAACAUAUCCUGAGACGGAUUCUGCAUCCGGUCCAACAGUACUAAUUAAUGCACCAUCAUCUUCGGAAGCAAGUGAUGACACCAUUGAUUUGUCAGCACGUACAAAGGCAACAGUAACUGUGGUUGGACGUAGUAGCACAUCUGGAAACGUCUUAGACGGGUUAUUACGACGACGAUGGGAUCUUAACUUCUUCAAAAAGUAGAUACAUUUCCAUUACUUAAGUUAUAUAUAUAUAUGUGUUUUGGUUUUUGGGUAAAAUAGAAAGGAAAGGUUUGUCAUGACAGAGUUUUAUUCGUAUGCUGUUAAGAGAUCUCGUGUUGGGUUUUUGACAAAAAGGUCUCUUUUAUCCUCUUGUUGUGAACAUGUAAUGAGAUCACUAUGUAUUUAAAAUUUUUUAUCACUAAUCCUAUAUUUAUGAAGAACA